AUGAACGCGCCCUACGCCGACCAGAGCCCUGAGGUUGUCGCUCAGCUAUGCCACUCUCUCGAGGAGUUCUCAAAAUCCAAGAAGGGACGCGGCGGCGCUGUCAAGAAGACCAAGUUCAGCGUGGCCGGCUCUCGCGACGGCCUCACAGUGGACUCGUGGAAGGUGUCUGACUACGAAUACAAGAGGCGCGAUCUACCCACCUAUGCUCGCGGCCUCUUCACCACGAGAACCCGCAAAAAUGUCCAUGAGAUCGCCAUCCGUGGGUACAACAAGUUUUUCAACGUCGGCGAGGUCCACGAGACCAAGUGGGAGGCCAUCGAGAACUACACCCAGGGCCCAUACGAGCUUACUCUCAAGGAGAACGGUUGCAUCAUCUUCGUCAGCGGCCUGGAUGAUGGCACCCUCCUGGUCUGCAGCAAGCACUCCACUGGCGACCGUAGCGACGUCGAGCUGAGCCAUGCCGCGGCUGGGGAGAGGCAUAUCGAGAGGCAGCUGCAGGCGUUCGGUAAAACUAAGGAGGACCUGGCUCGUGAGCUGAGGGCUCGCAAUGCCACUGCCGUUGCUGAGCUGUGCGACGAUGCAUUCGAGGAGCAUAUUCUGGCUUACGGCCCCGAAAAGGCCGGCCUCUACCUUCACGGGAUCAACAUCAAUGUGCCAGAGUUCAUGACAUACCCCAGCCCCUUGGUACACCAGUUUGCAGACGAGUGGGGCUUCCGCAAGGUCGGCCUCAUCUCGAUGGAGACCAUAGGCGAGGUCAGGACGUUUCUGGAGCAGUGUGCCGAGACGGGCGCCCACGAGGGCAGAGAUGUCGAGGGAUUUGUCAUCCGGUGCAAGCGUUCGCACGACCCUUCAACAGUGGCACCAUACGACUGGUUCUUUAAGUACAAAUUCGAGGAACCAUACCUGCUCUAUCGUCAGUGGCGGGAGUGUACCAAGGCAUUGAUUGCAGGCAAAAUUCCCAAGAUCAAGAAGCAUCACACUAUCACUCAGGAAUAUCUGGCCUUCGCCAGGAAGAGACUCUCCGUCGACCCCAAGCUGGGUAAGCUCUAUAACCAGAACCAUGGCAUCAUCGCCCUCCGCAACGACUUCCUCGAGUUCAAGCACAUUGACGGUAGUGACGCGGCCAAAUUCGAGGACCUGUACGGUGGCGGUGGGGUAACUGAGGUUUCGAGGGAUGUCAUCCUCAUUCCCAUCGCGACCAUCGGCUGCGGAAAGACAACCAUCGCUGUCGCCCUCUCAAAACUUUUCGGUUUCGGCCAUGUGCAGAACGACAACAUCACAGGAACCAAGCGUCCUCCAAGGUUUACGAAAGCGGUUCUCGAACAGCUCGAAGACCACAAGGCCGUCGUGGCAGAUCGCAACAAUGCACAGAAGCACGAGAGGAAACAGAUCAUUACCGAUGUCAAGGCGCAGCACGCUGUGGCCCGCAUGGUCGCCCUGAACUUCGUGCACGACAACAUUGAUCAGGUUAGACAAGUCACGCAGGACCGGGUUUUUGCCCGUGGUGAUAACCACCAGACGAUCCAGGCUGCCACGGACCCAGCCAAGGUCAAGGGCAUCAUGGAAGGCUUCCUGCACCGCUUUGAACCUAUUGAUGCCACGAGAGCCCCUGACGAUGGGUUCGAUGCUAUUAUCGACCUUGACCCGUCCGCAGGGAGCCGACAGAACCUCGAGAUCGUGGUAAAUGAGCUGAAGAAGUUGUACCCCAAUCUCAUCGAGACGGACCCUACUGCAGAGGAUCUGGAUCGUGCUUUUCAGGAAGCCAUGGAUGAGUACAGACCAGACUUGCGACACAUGAUAGGCGACCGAGGUGGACGCGGCAAGGGAAAGGAGAAUGCGCAGCAGGCCCAGGCCGAGGCCCAGAAGCCCAAGAAGAAGAAGCCUCUGGAGUACAUGUCAGUUGACGUGCCCUCCACGGAGAUCAACAAGGUCCUGGAGACGACCUUCAAUGCCGUUGGUGCGGCGAAGGCCCGUUUUUACAAGCUACUACAAGGCACCCGUCGCGUCCAGCCCAAGUUCCACGUCACGCUGAUGCAUCGCGCGUCCUGCAAGGAGAACCCCGAACUGUGGGAUCGAUACGCGAAAUUGCAAGCAGAGGCCGAGAUCAGCACUGGCAUCGGCGACGGCGCGCUGGGAGAGUGUGAGGUCGUGCUGGAGCGUGUGGUAUUUGAUGACCGCAUCAUGGCGAUCGUGGUCAGGCUGAAUGAUCCCGAGGCCAAGUGGCACUGCACCAACAAGGUAGCUCAUAUCACCGUCGGCACUCGAGAUAACAGUGUCAAGCUGAAGGAAAGCAACGCUCUGCUGGAACGGUGGCUUGCAGAAGGAACGGGGGAGGCCUCAGGAAUCACGGAUAUCGGAUUUGAAGAUCGGCCAAUCGUUCAGGGGGUGGUGAAGCCGGUGCUGUCGAGGUAG